ACAAAUUCGGUUUCCAAGGCAAGCUUCACAUCGCCAGCUCUCUCGCAGUUGUUCCCGUCUUCCUCCUCCUCCGUUCUUCUGUAUAGCCCGUGGAAAUUCGAGGGCGAGGUAUGGGCGACGCGAAAUCCGGAGCGGCGGACGCGCCGGCGGCGGCGGCCGGCGAGCCGAAGGGCGGCGGCGGAUCGGACGCCGCCAGGAUCUCGGAGGUGAGGGCGUGGCUGGCCUCCCAGUUCGAGGCCGCCGGCAAGGAGGUCCCCGAUUUCGAGUACAACUCCCGGAGCGUCGCGCACCUGCACAACCUCGCCGCCGUCUCCCAGGCCAAGACGCAGGCCGCCAGCAUCGUCGCCUCCGAUUUCCGCCAGAAGGCCGCCGAGUACCGGUCGCAAGCUGCCAGGAUUAGAGAGAUACUGGAAAGUGCAGGGUUGGCACAAGAGAGUUUGGCUUCAAACAUUGUGGCCUCUGCUCAAGCACUGGCCAAUGUUGCCAAUUUGUUGAAUAUUAGGGAUACUGAAUUGAGUAGCUUUCUCGUGGCAAUGGGGGACAUUUCUUUGAGAAAGUCUAGUGUAGAGGAGAAGAGGGCUAAAGUGGAGAAGGAUUCGAAGGUUCUCCUUGAUUACACCAGGAAGGCAAUAGCAAGACUAACCUAUUUGAAAAGAACGCUCGCACAGCUUGAAGAUGAUGUAGCUCCCUGUGAGGCACAGGUGGAGAAUUGGAGAACUAAUUUGGCAGUGAUGGCUUCAAAGGAGCGACAAUACACGCAGCAGUAUGCCAACUACAAGACGGCACUUAAUCGGGUAGGAUACACCCCAGAGAUCAGCCACAAUGUGCUGGUGGAGAUGGCUGAACACCGAAAGGAAUUAGAGAAGAAAACGAAGCCCAUUCUUGAUACUCUGAGAAGCUACCAAGACUUGCCUCCAGACAAGGCUUUAGCUGCUCUAGCAAUCGAGGACAAGAAAAGGCAGUAUGCUGCAGCUGAGAAAUAUCUUGAAGACGUGUUGCAUUCAGCUCUUUCAACAUCUGAGUGACAUCGGAUAUUGAUCUGAUGUAAGCAUUGCCUCGUACAUUAUGUUUAUCAGGGGGGUUAAGAAGAAAAAAGAGGUUUGGUGUUUCGUUGUUUGCAACUCAUGAAAGAUUGAGCUGUCUUUCUGGGGUAGCUCUCGGUGGAUGAGAUAGGUUUGUGUCUGUAUAUGGGUGAUGAAUUUCUUAACCCAGUUAAUGGAAGAAUUUAAAUGAUGAAGAUGUUGAAUGAUUCAUCUGGAAUAUUGCUGAUACUACUGAGUUCAGAUGAUUCAAAUCUCAGAUUAAAUGACUCGUUUUAUCCAA